AGUCUAAAUAUAACUUAAAAUCUAGAAUCGUUUGGCUAUUGUGACACGUAUGCGAUUUUUCUGACAGGCAUUGCGUUUGCUUACUAAGUUUACGGAAGAGCAACUGGUGGAAGUGGACGCAGUUUAAUGGAUGAGAGAACGAGAAAUCUUCGAUUUACGUAGAUAAUACGCUUGAAUUUAACCUUUAAUAGAUAGGAAAAGGUCUCAGAAUGCCUUUGUUUGGCCAAAACCCGUUCGACCAGGAUGUGGAGAAAGCCACUAGUGAAACUAGCACAUCAGAGGACUGGGGCCUCAUUAUGGAUAUCUGUGACCGGGUCGGAACAACUCCCAAUGGUGCAAAGGAUUGUCUCAGGUCAGUCAUGAAGCGUGUGAACCACAAGGUCCCUCAUGUAGCCAUGCAAGCAUUAACGUUGCUGGGUGCCUGUGUUUCAAACAGUGGAAAAAUCUUUCACCUAGAAAUCUGCUCGCGGGAGUUUUCCAGUGAAGUUCGUAGUGUGUUAAACAGGGUUCACCCAAAGGUUGCUGAGAAACUCAAGGCCCUGAUGGUGGAGUGGGCCGAAGAUUUCCAGAAAGACCCGCAACUGAGUCUCAUUAGUGCCACCAUCAAGUCCCUCAAAGAAGACGGAGUGGCCUUUCCCACCGCAAACCCCCAGAGCUCAAGCACAAAGCCCAACAGCACAUCUGCCACCAGCAAAACCGUUGAUGAUGAUGAUCUGGCCAAAGCCAUUGAGCUGUCCUUACAGGAGCAGAAACAGCAGGCAGAGACACGACCCCUAACCAUGAUAGCAGAUCCACCCUACAACACCAAUGGAGGGAAAGAGUCACGUAAAGUGCGUGCCCUCUAUGAUUUUGAAGCGGCUGAAGACAAUGAGCUCACGUUUAAGGCCGGAGAGCUUGUGAUCAUCCUUGAUGACAGUGAUCCAAACUGGUGGAAAGGAGAGAAUCAUCGAGGAGUAGGCCUCUUCCCGUCUAACUUUGUCACCACCAAACUGAAUGAUGAACCAGACCCUGUGAUGUAUGUAGAGAAGAGCGUAGUUCCAGAGGAGCCCAUUGUUGAAGUCAAAGCUGAGCCUGAGCCUGUGUAUAUAGAUGAGGAGAAGAUGGACAAAGCUCUGUACCUGCUCCAGAACACAGACCCUGCAGAUGCCUCACCUGACAGCCCUGAGUUGUUCACAUUAGAAGAUGCUUGUGAAAAGAUGAACCCAAUGAUCGAUGAGAAAUUACAAGAGAUUGACAGGAAGCACUCAGAGUUGUCCGAGCUGAAUGUGAAGGUGCUGGAGGCACUGGAAUUGUAUAACCAGCUGAUGAAUGAGGCUCCACUUUACAAUGCAUAUUCCAAAAUGCAGACUCUCCAAGGCACUUACCCUGGAGCCUCUACUCCUCUCACGAUGCAGGGUUAUCAGCCAUCUGGAGCCUAUAUGUCCUCUGGUGUUCCACAGGGAUAUAGUCUUACAGACCAAGCUGGCCCUCUCUGUUCCCUUCCUCCUUCGGUCAAUUCAGUGCCUACAAACCAGCCAGCACAACCUACUUACAUCAGCGGCCCCAUGAAUGCACCAUACGUAAACCAAGCUCCCGGAGCCCCCGCUCCUUACCCCCAUCAGAUGGGCAUGGGUAUGGAUAUGUCUGCCUAUCAGAAUGCUAAUCCUGGUCUGCCUCCAACCUCCUAUCCAAUGUCAGCUUCAGCCCAACCUGCCCCUCAUCAGCAACAAGCAGCCUUCUACCAGCAACCCCUUCUGUAAAGCUGUACAGCAAGUCUGACUCCACAGCCAUCAAUAUUCAAUGCAAAUUCCAAAUGGUGAAAUGAGGUUGAGAGUAUUUUUCAUCUCUAUUGUGGACCAGAAACAUGCAAGGAUUCAUUGAAAUUUGUCUUCACAGGACAAAAGGAAGCAAACACUUCAUUUUCUCUCCCACUUACUAACCCAUGAAGCAGUUUAGGGCAGGUGUUCAGAGCUGAUGGAAUGAGUCACACUAACCAUAAACAUCAUUUUUGUCGUCUUGUGAUAAUCACCAGCACAUUCUUCUUUUUUCUGAUUGAGAAUUUAAGAUAAAAUGGUAAAAUGUUCAUACACUCAUACUGUCUCAUUUGAAGAGACAAUUAUUAUAAUUUACUGUUGCCAUUUUCAUUUAUUUCUGACCCGCAACUUUCAUUUCUUGCCUUUCGAAGCAAAUGUGGGGUUUUAUGCAUUAUAGAGAGAAUGACUUUAUAAAGAAGAUUAUACAUGGAUCACCAAAUCUGCAAUGAUUUUAUGUGCCAAUACUCAGAGCACUCCUAUAAACUCCUACAAUCAAAUUGGCAGUUUUAGGUUAAUCCUGCUGUUAGUGAUUCUAGAAUUAUGGCACAGAUUUAGAAGGGGCAGCUGGGUACAGAAUACAUGUGAUAUUCAUAAAUUCUUUUGCAACCUGUGCUUUAGAACUGAUGAAUACAAUCCCUUUAUGGUCAAUCCAUAUAUUUCACUGUAUAAUGAUAUUUAUAAUAUGCAAGUACCGCUUGUGUUCGCUGUUGUUUGAUUUAAUUUAAGGCAUGUAAUAUUGCAUACAGUUUAAUUUUUAUUUGGUCUAUGACUCCUCAGCUGAAAAUGAUCAAUCAGUUGUUCUUUUGCUUAUAAUGUAUGUGAAGAAAUGUGCUUUUCGGAUAUACCCUCCCAUUUCUUCUUAACCGAAAUGGGAAAAUGUGUAAUUCCUUUAACAUAUAGAGAGCAUUUGUUCUUGUUAAAAUGGGAUUAAUGUAGUUUAAAAUAAAAGAAAAUUGUCUUUUUUUCAUAAACAGCUUGGAAAAAAGAUAUUGUAUAUUAGAUGUUAAAUAUCUGGCUUUGUCUGUAUUGCACCUUAACUUUAUAAACAUUUGUUUACCACCAGAUGCCUUGUUCUUUCACGAGAUGGAAUAAACAUAGAAACCAGUUCAAAAGAUUUUAUUUCAAAAGCUGCUGGAUAUUGGUAAACCUGUUUUAAGAGAUCUAGAGGGAAAUCUGUAUUGUAUCUCAUGGACUCAAUGUUUUGUAACAUCAAGAUUUCUUUGUAUCCUGCCUGCUCAUUUUUCAAAUUCCUUUUGUAACACAGUGAACUCUUAUAGUCUACAGAAAAUAAAAACUACCCGUGUUACAAAA